UCCCAUGGCCAGCCUUCAGCCUUCCGAGAUGACAGAUGCGGAGUGGAGCGCGCUUUUUGCAGCAACCCAACCAAGAGGUGAGCUGCCUACAUGCCGGCUGCCGAAGGUUUUGACAAUGAGGAUCAUGGACAUGAUCUGCCUGGCUGUCAAGGAAGAGCCGGAUAUCAUCCGUGCUUGGGCGGCCCGCAUGGUGGAAGCCUUGGGCGAAACCUUUCGGCAAAUUCACUGCUUCCACGUUCAAGGAGCAUGCAAUCUCUGA